AUAUGAGCAUAGGGCUCUAAACUUAACAUUUUCCUUGAUUUCCUAGGAGAAAUUCUUACCGUUCCUGGAUAUGUUCCAGAAAGAGACUGUGAGAGUAGAAGUUUGUAAGUGCAUCAUGGAAGCUUUUAUUAAGCACCAACAGGAAUCUACCAAGGACCCCGUGAUUCUCAACGCCCUACUGCACGUGUGCAAAACGAUGCAUGAUUCAGUAAAUGCACUGACUCUGGAAGACGAAAAGCGAACGUUGGCCUCUUUGAUAAAUGGAUUUAUAAGAAUGGUAUCGUUUGGCCGGGACUUUGAGCAGCAGCUGAAUUUUUACGUGGAAGCCAGAUCCAUGUUUUGCCAUUUGGAACCUGUUCUCGUCCAGCUGAUUCACAGCGUGAAUCAGCUGGCGAUGGAAACAAGAAAAGUGAUGAAAGGGAAUCAUUCCAGAAAGACCGCGGCGUUUGUCAGGGCUUGUGUUGCCUUCUGCUUUAUUACAAUUCCAUCUCUGACCAGCAUCUUUACUCGUCUCAAUUUGUACUUGCACUCUGGACAAGUUGCUCUGGCUAAUCAGUGCCUUUCACAAGCGGAUGCCUUUUUCAGAGCGGCGAUAAGUCUUGUUCCUGAGGUACCAAAGAUGAUCAGCAUAGACGGGAAGCUGCGGCCUUCGGAAGCAUAUCUCUUAGAAUUCCUCUGCAAUUUCUUUUCAACUUUGUUAAUCAUUCCUGACCAUCCUGAACAAGGUGUGCUGUUUCUCGUGCGAGGGUUGCUGAAUGUUAUCCAGGAUUAUACUUGGGAAGAUAACAGUGAUGACAAAAUCAAAAUUUACACCAAUGUGGUGCAUCUUCUCUCUGCAAUGAGUCAGGAGACCUACAUCUAUCACAUAGACAAAGUUGAAUCUAAUGAUACCUUGUAUGGUGGAGACACUAAAUUUUUGGCAGAAACAAGCAGGCUGUGUGAAACAGUGAUAAGCCAAAUCUUAGAGCAUCUGAAGAAUCUUGGAAAAGAUGAGACUCUAAAGCGCCAAAGUCACCUGGCCCUCUGCUUCUUCAAUAGCCUCUUGGCCCACGCAGAUCUGCGCAACAACAAACUCAACCAGCUUGCGGUUAACCUGUGGAACCUGGCUCAGAAACACGGCUUUGCUGACACCAAAACCACAGUCAAAACCUUGGAAUACAUCAAGCUGCAAAGCAAGCAUCCUGAACUGAGCCAUUUUACAGAGCUGGUGCUACGCCUUCCUUUGCAGUCAAGAACCUAAUGAACAUGGAUUCAUGCAGCUCCGUCUGUGGAAAGAUAGUUCUCCAAGCCCUUUAAACUCCAAGCUGCCUUGUAUCAGUAUCUUUUCAUUUUAAAGUGUCCCUCAGUGCAUGGCAGAUUUCUUUGGUUGGAGAACAGAAGGUAAAUUUUCCUGGUGGUACAGUCACUUUUUUUUUAAAUGAGGUUUUGUUUCCCACUACACAGCUGUUAAUC